AUGUCGCUAGAAGAGUUCUUCAACGAUAAUUCGUUGGGGGACUCGGUCUGGAACGAAGAAGAUAUCAAUUUAGAGGCAAUUUCAUCGCCACUCACAAACACCACUAGUAUUGACGCGUUGAAGCACACACCCAUUAGGCUCGCGGGCCGUGGGUCCGAAGAUCCGUUUGGUAGCUCACACUCAGCUUCUCCAACUGGUUUCCCAGGCUCCCCACAAGUUCAAGGGCCUCCCUACAUAGUGAAAUUCUCUCACCUGCCAUCGCAAUUCACAGGUCCGGAAAUUGAAGAUCUUUUUCAAACCAAAAGCACUAAAUUCAUUAAAUUCAAGUUAUUUUGGGAGCUGAAUAAAAAACCGUCCAUGGGGGUUGCUUUGAAAAACUCUAGCUUCUUUGACGCCAAUUUCACUCGGGACUCCAAGGUUUCGUUUACCGAAUUGUACUCUGCCAGAGACAUGGACAAGAUUUUAACCCAUUGGACAGAACCAUUACGUGAAAUUUAUGGUAUUUUAGUUACACCGGCUGAUUUUGCGGACUUUAAGACAUAUGUUGAAAAAACCAAACUUUUGAAUGAAGCAGAUGACCCUUCAAGACCUUACAUACCGGUGAAAUCGUCCCCAAAAACCGAGGCUAGUGCUCAUAAACCAAAGGCAAACCCUUUUGGCUCGGCAAAGCCCACCGACACCCAGUCCAUGACCAACGAUAUUGAAGAAAAGUUCAGAAAACUUCAUGUGGAGGACACCAAAACGUUAAGAAGACUUUCGAAUGAAAAUGAACCACCGGUCGUGGUGACGCCUAAACCGCUAAGUUACUCUGCGAUUUUAAAGAGGUCGGUGGAUGCUGCAUCAAGUCCAUCUCCCGUUACUCCAUCACCGCCCUCGAUACUGAAAGAAUCUACUUUAGUUGAGGCGAUUGAUGAUGAAAGCGUGGAUGAGAAAGAUGAAAAAUGUUCACCAGGUGAGAUUAAGGAAGAAGACGAAAACUAUGAUGAUCAAUCACAAGAAAAUAACAAUUUCACCUUCAAGGAGACUAAUCGCCGAGGGUUUGGAGGUGCCCGCGGUCGUGGUGUCAGUCGUGGAGGUCGUGGAAGUCGCGGAGGUCGGGGCGGCGGCGGAGACCGUGGGGACCGUUCCGAACGUGGCGACCGCGGAGGAAGCUUUCGCGGUAAAGGAUUUGGACAAGGGGGUAGUGACUUCGGGCGCAGGAGUGAUGAGACUCGGGGCCGUGGAGGUAAGUUUCAAAACACUAGAGAUGACAAUCCGUACUCGGUAUUCCGUCCUGCUAGUGGAUUUUUGAGAGAAAACGUGAACAGCACUCCUAGAGGUGGAAGAGGAGGUGGCCGCGGUGGUGGCCGCGGUAGAGGUGGCGCUGGCGGGCACCACGGUGACCGCCGUGGUGGCUUCACACAAGCAUAA